AUGGAAGCUGUUCAUCCCCUUAAUUCAGCUUUUAUUCUCCGCGAGAUACUGUUGAAAAUAGAAUUAAGUGAAUUACGGGCCUGUCUGAAAGUUACUCGGUUUUGGUUCACAAUAGCAGCUCCUCUUAUCUGGUCGGACCCCACUUGUCAAAUUAAACUGCCGCUGCCAUUCAACGUGUUUGUCCGCUCAUUGGAUUGUCAGCUUACUACUAAGAUUUCGGAUUGUCAGCUUACUACUGAGACUUCAAAACCGCUUCUGCUUCCGUACGCCAGUUACCUGAAAGUUCUUCAUUACUCGUGGUUAAUACAAUCAAUAGAGGACGAUAUUGUAAAAAAUGACUACGAAUUUAUCAAAAUGCCACUCGGUAAGCGGGACAACUAUUUGACAGCACGUAUCCUGGAACUGACAGAACCUAUCCUGAAGACGUUAAGCACGCGGGUUAAGUUAAUAUCUUUGAGAAUAUAUGCGUGGGAUCUAAAAAUCAAUGAAGUUAUCUACUCGCUUCUUUUUAAAUUUCCAACACUUAUUUCUUGUAUAACGGAACUCGGAAUAGCAUCCAACUCUGGAAUGGUCAAAGUUCUUGAUGAACUCUCCAUGGUUUGUCAUCGCAUUACUAUGUUGACAGCAACAUUAUCCAAUAAUGACCAUAAUCGUGACUUUGGUGAAACUGAAAUAACUGCAUUGAAGAAGUUGAUCCAGUCUCAAAGCUGUUUAACUACUGCAUCAAUUACCAUAUAUCCAACGGAAACUUACGGAAACAACGUAGUGCUCCUGCUACCAACCAUUCAUUCGCUGGAAGAACUACUUCUUGUAAUUGACUAUUUAACUGUACGUUUGCUGAAGACUGGAGCAAACUUUUGUACAGUCAUUCAAACUAAGAACCAAAAAAUUAUAAAAUUUGAACGGAGCUUAGCUGACUUCCACGGAAACAGUUUACCGGACUUAACUCAUUUACUGAACAUAGUUGACUUCCAAGGAGACAGGUUACCUAUACCGGACCCUAUACCGGGCAGCACACAACGAAUUUAUAUUUAA